GAAUAAACCAUAUUUAAACCAUAAGACGAAUAAACAGCUCCUCAGCGCUCAGCCUCCAUCGGAAAUUUGAACACCUAGUCUGCAACGGUCCGUAUUUCAUAUCAAGAAUUCAAAAUCUGGAACGAGACAAACCCAAAUUCAAUAGCUUCGCCAACCGGCGGCAAGAGAAAGAUGGGUGUGAAGAACCUGUGGGACAUCUUGGAUUCGUGCAAGAAAACUCUCCCUCUUCACCAUCUCCAGAACAAGAGAGUGUGCAUAGAUUUAUCGUGCUGGAUGGUUCAACUUCUCAAGGUUAACAUAUCCUAUAGCGCUCUCAAAGAAAAAGUUUACCUUAGGGGUCUCUUCCACCGCCUCAGAGCUCUCAUUGCUUUAAAUUGCACCGUCAUCUUCGUUACUGAUGGAGCGAUUCCUGCGAUCAAAUCUGCAACUUACAGGCGGAGAUUAAAAGAGGAUCCAAACCUACAGAUACUUACAUCGAUUAAAAGAAACCGUGGAUCUGCAUUUUCAAGCGUGAUAAAAGAGGCUAAAGUUCUUGGCAAGGCACUUGGCAUUUCUUGCUUAGAUGGGAUUGAAGAGGCUGAAGCACAGUGUGCAUUAUUGAACUCAGAAUCUUUAUGUGAUGGAUGUUUUACUUCAGAUUCUGAUGCAUUCCUGUUUGGAGCAAGGACUGUGUAUAGGGAUAUUUGCCUUGGUGAAGGUGGCUAUGUUGUUUGCUAUGAAAUGGAUGAUAUUGAGAGAAAACUGGGGUUUGGAAGGAACUCAUUGAUUACUCUUGGUGUUAUUCUUGGAGGGGAUUACUCACAAGGAAUUCUUGGGCUUGGUAGGGAGUCUGCUUGCCAGAUUGUUAAAUCAUUAGGUGACACUGCUGUUCUUCAACGAAUAUCAUCAGAAGGAUUAUUACCUUUUCUCAAGAAGAAGAAAAAUUCAAGAAGGCAUAUCAAAGCUGUGCAUUCUGAUGACAAAGAGAACUUUCCUGUUAAUAAAGGCGGUCCAGAAGGAAGUGGAUGUGAUUUGCAAAGCGAUGAUGAAGUAUUGCAAGUGGUAAAUGCUUAUUUGGAGCCUAGAUGUCAUUCAGCGGACUCUGAGGUUGUUCAGAGUGUUCUUGCACUAAAUCCAUUUGAUCGAAGUCAACUUCAGCAGAUAUGUGCAAAGUACUUUGAAUGGCCUCCAGAGAAAACAGAUGAGUACAUCCUCCCUAAGAUUGCUGAAAGAGAGUUAAGACGGUUUUCUAAUUUGCGUUCUGCUUCAUCCAAAGUGGGACUCCAGGUUCCCUUGGACAUGAUGCCCAUUAAGUGUCACAUUAUAAAAGAAAGAAAAGCUCAGGGAAGACACCUUUUUGAAGUAUCAUGGGAAGGAGUCCACGGACUAGAGAAAUCCAUAGUUCCAGCAGAUCUUGUACAGAGUGCUUGCCCUGAAAAGGUAAUGGAGUUUCAGGAAAGAAGAGCUCAAAGGAAGAAGCCUAACAAUAAGAAACCAACACGGAGAAAAGUAGAAAACAUCACUCCCUCCUCCAAAGAACUCGACUCCAAGCUCCAAGCGCUCCUGCUAGAACUUGAUCAAGAAAACACAACCGUCUUAAACCGGAUAACCAUGUCGAAUCCAACAGAUGACAAUCUGCAGCUCAACACAAUGUCAGCAAGACUUGCAUCAUCUGAAAAUGAGGUGACUGACCUCACAAGUCCUUCACAGCCAAGCCGUGUUUUUUCUUGUGUAGAAGACAUCGAUGACGUUGGAGGGAAUACAACAGAAGUGAUUGAUCUGUUGACCCCUCCUCCACGAGGCAUUGGAAUGGGCAAAUGUCAAAAUGAAGAUGAUGGUGUUAUUAUCCUGCUAAGUGAUUCUGAAUCUGACAUGUUUUCUCCGGACCAUAUUAAGAAAGGGAUACAACUCACGAGAUCUUGUAUAACAAGUAUUAGAUGAGGAGAUCUUUGUUGAAGAGAAAUCCCAAGUCCAAAUCUAGUAUAUUAGUAUGUCUCAUACUAUAUUUGAUUAUAUUUGAUAAUAUUUGAGUGAUUGUAAUUCAUUCUUAUUUUAUUUACACUUUAUCAUAUCAAUAUUAAUUACACAAUUCCACUUUUUUUAAUAACUA